GCCCAGUUUUGCCAAAAAAGAAAGAAAGAAAGCAAACACUGGCCAUAACCGCAGCAUCGGCAGCCGACGCAGUUCAGGACUUCAGGCACAUCGAGCAGAGGCCGAGAAAUGGGCGCGCUCUGCCUAGUCUUCCCGUCCACGCCGCCGUCCUGCCCAUGCGGCGCCGGCGCGGCCCGCUCGAGAGUGCCCGUGCUCACGGCCACGCCUUCCCCGUUCUCCCCCUCGUCUGCCGCCGCCGCCGUCGUCGCUACCCGGCUGCAGCUCGGCAGCAGGAGUCGGGGGCGCACCGUCGUGGCGCGGGUCGGCGGCCGGGGCGAGGGCGACGGGGCCAAGGACGCCGGAGCGGCGGCGUUCUUCGGAGAGGACGGGGUGGUGGAGGACAUGGACGGGUACCUCGACUACCUGUCGCUCGAGUACGAUUCCGUCUGGGACACCAAGCCUGCCUGGUGCCAACCCUGGACAAUAUUGCUCACAGGAACUGCUGUGGUUGCGUGUAGUUGGGUGCUCCAAUCGGUUAUAGUUACUGCAGGAGUUUCUUUUAUAAUAUGUGCAUGGUGGUACAUAUUUCUCUACUCCUACCCUAAGGCCUACACCCAGAUGAUAGCAGAGAGAAGGAAAAAGGUAGCCAGUGGAGCUGAAGAUACCUACGGGAUGGAGAAAAUCCAGUGAGGAGGAUCUCCAGCACAUCAGUGCUUCUGUGGAGUGCAGAGUUGUUUCUAGCAUUGCUUGCUGAGAAUGAUAGUUAGAAUGAUUGUGCAGCUCAGGCUACACCAGUUGUCUUCAGAUCUUGAAAUUGCGACAGCAUCAUGGAAUCGGGCUGCCUUGUUUAUUCAAAUCUUCAGCUUUCCCUUGUUUCCUUGGUA